GUAGAGAGUGGGCUAGAGAACAGUAUCCAGCUGUUGUUGCAAAUAUGGCUGCUCAAGCCAUACUUUGCAGAUAUAAUGAGAUGGAGUUUCCCUGACCUUCUUCUGAGAACCAUGUCUGGAAUUCUGUAUAUUCUUACAUUUGGAUUGACCUCCUCAUGUCAAAUCGAGAAGAUGUUGGGCAAAACUGUGUGGUCAACAUUAUCUAUUGGUAUCAGCAUUGCUCUAUUGAAAACGGAUAAACCGGCACCCAUGGAAUUAUCACAAACUAUUCCAAUAUGUUUAAGUAUUCUGUGUCAAGUUAUUACUAGAAUUUUUAUAUUUUGCAAUUUAACCCUUGUGGAAUCUGUGACACCACUGAUCAUAUUUACAUCUCUACAUUUUAUCUUUGUCUUCAUUAUCAAGAUAAUGAACACAACUAAAGAAAAAUGUUCUACAAUCAAAGAUUUGUUCAGAAUCUUUAUAAGUGGUGUAUGCUCAUUAGUAGUUUUAACACAUUUGGAAAGUGGAGAAACCUUCUUUUCACAAUCAGCGUUCUUUAUUCUAAUAGCCAUUGAAAAUCUUGUGAUGAUGCUACUUCCUGUGAUAUUCCCUUCUAUAUACCCAGAGUAUAUCUGCUUUCCAUACCAAAGUCAAAUCAAUGGAAUUUUUUGUGUUCUCGUCUUGUGGAUCUUUGGAAUAGUAUUCCAGAUUCUCCACUACAAAUUUGCACAUCAAUGGUCAGAUUUAAAUGGUGUUAGUGGAAUAAGCAGAGUAAAAGGAAAUGGUGUUAAUGGAAUAAGCAGAGUAAAAGGAUGGUUCGGAUGCAGUUCUAACUCUAGCAAAGAUAAAAGCGCAGAUAUGGAAGGAAAAAGAGAGAAAGAAAACAGAAACCAAAAUGAAAGGUAUGAGACUCUCCCCUUGCUUAAUUUAGAGAGCAACAUAUCCACUCAAUCUACAGGUCUAGAAGAUGUGGGAAGAUGUGGGAUCGAUCGCUGUUAAAACCUGCACAAUUUAGUUACAGGUCCUAUCUAAUUCAAUAGUUUUGGAGAUAAUAUGGAGCUAGUUAUUGCUUCAAAUCGAUACGAAAACUAUUAAUUUUUGUAACUGGUCCUAUUUAUAGUUAUUAUUUUGUUCUUUAAAUAACGUAUUUUGGAAACAGUGA